CCGGACAUUAGUCAGCGUGUGUUCCGCGGUUCAGUGCGUCGUGACGUGGUGCUCGAACUCGUAACCAGUUCGCCGAGGAGAAGAGCAGCAGCAGGCAAAAUGAAAGACGAUAAAACGAUGAAAACGCCCGUGCAGCAAUGGUACGCGGGGAAAACGAUUUUCGUCACCGGAGGGUCCGGUUUCAUGGGCAAGGUGUUGCUGGAAAAGCUGCUCUACUCGUGCUCGGACCUCAAACGGAUCUACGUGUUGAUGCGCCCGAAGCGUGGCAAGACGCCACAGACCCGUAUCGAUGAUUGGCUCAAGUUGGCGGUUUUCAAACGGAUCAAGGAGGAGAAACUGGAUGUGUAUAAGAAGCUGGUGCCGAUACCGGGCGACGUAACGAGCGACCAGCUCGGCAUCAGCCCGGACCACGAACAGCUGCUGGUGGACGAGGUGGAAGUGGUGUUCCACUGUGCGGCCACACUGAAGCUGGAGGCAAAGCUGAAGGAUGCGAUUGAGAUGAACACGGUCGGAACGCGCCGCAUACUUGACCUCUGCCAGCGAAUGCAGCGCCUCCAAGCACUGCUCCAUCUGUCGACCGCCUUCUGUUACUGCGAUAAGGAAGUGCUCACCGAGAAGGUGCACGACUUUCAUCACAAUCCGUACGAUCUGAUGCGUACCGUCGAGUGGAUGGAUGAGAAGGCGCUGGACACGAUCACGCCGAGCCUGCUCCCGCCUCAUCCGAACACAUACACCUACUCGAAGCGGUUGGCCGAGAUGCUGGUGCGCGACGCCUAUCCCAACCUGCGCGUUUGCAUCGUGCGUCCCAGCAUCGUGUGCCCUGCCAACGCUGAGCCCGUCGAAGGAUGGGUCGACAGUUUGAAUGGCCCCGUCGGUAUUAUGGUGGCGGGCGGCAAGGGUAUCAUACGAUCGAUGCUGUGCAAUGGUGAAUACAAUGCGGAGGUCAUCCCGGUCGAUUUGGCCAUCAACGGGCUCAUCACGAUCGCCUACACGAUGGGACAAAUGGCCCAGAUGCCAUCCGAAAUCCCGGUGUACAACAUCACGUGCCGUGAAACGAAACGGACCACCUGGAAGGAGGUGCUGGACCUGGGCAAAGCGACCGCCUACGAGUACCCGUUCGAAGCCGGCGUCUGGUAUCCGGACGGGGACAUUACUCUGAACAAAACCUACCACACCAUAUGCGUCAUGCUGUUCCACUGGUUGCCCGCUUACCUGAUCGAUUUCCUUAUGAUGUGCUUUGGCCAGAAGCGAUUCAUGUGCCGGAUCCAGAAUAUGGUUACGGAAGGAUUGAGCCUGCUGCAGUUCUUCACCACCCGGCAGUGGGACUUUAAAUCGGUGCACUAUCAAGCGAUCGCCCAGAACCUGUCGGCGGAGGAUAACGUCAUCUUCACGAUGGACACCGAUGCGAUCGACACGAAGGACUACCUCCGGCGGAUCAUUCUAGGCGGGCGGCAGUUCUGCAUGAGGGAACCACUGUCCACGCUACCGAAGGCCCGCAUCCAGCUGAAGAUGCUGUACGUGCUGGACAAGGUGGCCAAAGCGUUCAUGCUGUACUUCCUGGCGUGGCUGUUCCUGUCCGUCACCGGGCUGAAGGCGCCAGUCUACGAGAUGCUCGGAUGGGCUUAGGAGUUUGCACGCACCUUAAUCCCUUCUUCGACGAUAUUGCUCCUCUGCUGGGAACGGGGUACCCUUAUGGUUCAGUUUGACACGCUCAGUCGUCGCUGGUGUGUUUCGUGUUUUGUUUUUAUUUGUUUUCCUUUCCAAGAUUACAUGACAAUAAACGAGAUAAACUUAA